UUAAAAAGAGUGAGCUUAGAGCAAGACGCACAUACAGAUACACCUCCUAAGAGAAAGAAGAAAGCUUCCUACAGUUCUUCCUUCUGUAGAGAUUACCUAGAAACCAGAAAAUAAUAAAAGAGAAAAAUGUCUAAGGAAGUCAGUGAAGAAGGCCAAACUCACCAUCGAAAGGACUAUGUGAAUCCACCACCAGCUCCUCUCCUUGACCUUGGUGAGAUCAAGCUCUGGUCUUUCUACAGAGCUCUUAUAGCUGAGUUUGUCGCCACUCUCCUCUUCCUUUACGUUACCGUUGCCACCGUUAUCGGCCACAAGAAACAACAUGACGCAUGUGAUGGAGUUGGCCUUUUGGGUAUUGCAUGGGCCUUUGGUGGCAUGAUCUUCGUUCUUGUUUACUGCACUGCUGGUAUUUCUGGUGGUCACAUUAACCCUGCAGUUACAUUUGGGUUGUUCUUGGCCAGGAAGGUGUCUCUAAUCAGGGCUUUGGCCUACAUAAUCGCUCAGUGUUUGGGAGCCAUUUGCGGUGUUGGGUUGGUGAAGGCUUUCAUGAAGCAUGAAUACAACUCUCUUGGCGGCGGUGCAAACACCGUAGCUCCCGGCUACAGCAAGGGCACGGCUUUGGGUGCUGAAAUUAUUGGCACCUGGCUUGUCUACACUGUCUUCUCCGCCACUGACCCCAAGAGAAGCGCCUGUGACUCUCACGUUCCUGUUUUGGCCCCACUCCCAAUAGGGUUUACGAGAUGAAAAUAGAACGGGGAG